UUUUGUUCCCUCAUUGGUCGGAUGCAGGCUCGUCCAGAGACACGUCAAAACGGCUGGCUGUGUAAUGUCUUUACUUUUGCCGCCACGCGUUCCUGUCGCACUGACGGUGCGUAAAGACCGAAGGCAGGACGCGCAGCGCAAUUGGGAUAGAAACGCCGCUCUCCAACGUUCCAAGUUACUUUAACCUCUCCCCGUCUACAAUCUCCAAUGAAGAUUUUGCUUAUUCCGUCAAAUUACUAUCCGUGAGAAUUCGCUUUUUUAGCCAUGAGCUGCUUGGAUGUUAUGUAUCAAGUGUAUGGUCCACCACCUCAGCCUUAUUUUGCCGCAGCGUAUAGCCCAUAUCAUCACCAGAAAUUGGCAUUUUAUUCCAAAAUGCAAGAAGCGCAAGAGAGCAUCAGCGGGGGCAGCUCGUUCUCAAAUCUCCCUGGGCCGACGAUAAAGGAGGAAGACUGCGCGCGAGAGAAGGAUCACCCUCCGGAGGCCGAGUACCUGAACUCGCGAUGCGUGCUUUUCACCUACUUCCACGGGGACAUCAGCUCGGUGGUGGACGAGCACUUCAGCCGGGCCCUCAGCCAGCCAACCAGCUACGUCCACGGGUCGGCUAGCAACAAGUCUGCACGAGAUGGAUUAUUCCCGAUGAGCCAGAGGAGUUUCCCCCCAUCCUUCUGGAACAGUGCGUACCAGCCCUCGUCCCUGAGCAGUGCCUUAGGAUCCUCCUACUCAGACAUACCCUUCCCUGGGGACCCCUACUCCUCUGCCUCUCUACACAGCCACCUCCACCAGGCCACCCCAGAGCCCUGGCACCACUCACACCACCACCACCAUUCUUACUCACUCGGUGGGGCCAUCGGCACCCAGGGCUCCCCCUACCCUCGACCCAGCAUGCACGAAGUCUACGGCACGCACUUUGACCCCCGCUACAGUUCUCUGCUGGUGCCCUCUGUCCGGCCGCACCGGCUCCCUCCAUCCACUGUCCCCGGACCCAGUGCCUCACCGUGUGACAUUGGGAAGAGCGAAUCAGCCAGCUCGGCCUGGACUGGGGCGUUCACAGGGGCAGGGGCAGACAUCAGCCAGAGCAUCGGCCUCAAUGUGGAUGCAGGUCUGCAGGUCCAGGAUAAGAGCAAGGACUUGUACUGGUUUUAAAGCUCUGCUGCCCUCCCAGGCCCGAGCUGGCCUCUGUGUUUCUCUGCACUGUAUGAUAUUGACAGACAUUUUCUGUAACAGAUUCUAAUCUCACUUGCAGCUCGACGCUACACCUUCAGUGGCGGAAACAUCCUCAGCUGAAAUGACUCGGAUACUCUCUGCUGGAAAUGCAGUGGACAAAGGGGAGAAUCUAAAACUCUCUCCUACUAAAGAGAAAGGAGGGGAGAAACCAUGCAGGACUUGCUGGACAGCUUGCCAGAAAUGCUCUGUGGUGUGACUGACAAAAUGUUAUCUGGCCAAGACUGAACACUUUCCUCCAAAGAGGACACUUGUUGAAAAAGAAAAAAAGAGUGAAACUGGAAAGUAAAAUUUUUUGAUUUGACGAGAGCAUACUCGAAGACUGGAAAAACACUAUUUGCUAUUGUUUUUUUUAUAUAUAUAUAUAUGAAAGGAGAGGAGCAAGAGAAAGGAGCAUUCUCUAACAUGACUGAAGUGAGCAGCGGCUAUUUGAAGCCAUUUGACUCUGUCUUGCUCCCCAGCAGCUGUCAACGACAACUGUUUCAGUACUCAACGGACACACACAAUUGUAGUGUCACUGCACAGUGUUUGACCAGGGGCCCUGGACUUCAUAAAUUGAGCAUUUUGUCAAAUCUGGACCUCGACCCACAGGGAACAACUGGUUUGACUGGUGAUUUUGAGGUGCGGGGUGGACAGGAGGUAGCAGAAGUGGACACGCACAACUGUGCUAUAUAUGUCUGUGUGCCAUAUCUGGGCAGUGCUACAGUAUAUGUGAUCUUUAUGUACUUAUUCCCCAUUGUUUUUCAAUCAUCCCAGGUAUAAAGCAAAGUCAAAAUCAAACAGUCAUUAUCCAUGGUAUAUUGUAUUGUGAACAUAUUAAUAUAUUGACCUUUUAAAGUAUUUUUUCUUGAUACAGUUGUAAUGUAACGUCAAUGUGUUGUAUGCCUCAGCCUGUAAUUAUAAAGCAAUGGGACAAUGUGAUUAAAACUCAACUUUAGAGAUAAAAUGCGUAGUCUAUAGAAUACACAAUUUCAUAGACAGUUAAUUUGAAAACUAUCCUGUUUGAUGUGAGUUCUGGUUAGUUUCGUCAAUGAUAUGUGUACAAAAUAGAUAUCGUUCAGCCAUCUGCAAGCACAACUUAAAGGAAAAUGCCACCCCCAAACUGUUGGUAUUUUUUUCAUUAGUCCAUUGUUGACAAAUGUUUUACUUGUCAGCAAUCAAGUUCUCAAGAUAUGUAACCUUCAAAAUACAGAAAUCAUCCCCUAUGGUGUAACUUGCAUCAUGUGAUGCUGUGUUUUGCAUCAUAUGACAACAAUGGACUAAUGAAACAAAUACCAAAAGAUAGUUUUGGGGUGGACUUUUCCUUUAGGUGUUCAAUUUUUAACUUCCACUAAUGCAUUGUCAGUGUACUGGGGUUUGCAUUAACCUUGAAUCAUUCUCUUGUAGAUACUGAAUGCUGAUGCUUCAACUUGUCAAUGUAAAGACAUAUUUCUAAAGAGCAUUCAAUACCGAACACCAGCAAAAAGUCUAUGAAGUAUUUGUACAGAAUAGUAUUUGACCUUGUCUGGAAGAAUAGUAUUCAAGAACAUUCAACUAAGAUGUUCUUGAGAAGAGCUACUUUAUUAAGGAAAAAUGGACUGUGAUUGUGAUAUGUGGUUGUCCCACCUAGCUAUCUUAAGAUGAAUGUUCCAACUGUGCGUCACUAAAUGACUCAAAUGUUCAAAUGUAAGAGGCCAGGGGAUAUUUCUUUCACUAUAUUCAACACCGUCUCUAUUUUCUCCAAGGACAUACUUUUCUCCUCGAAGACAUACAAAAGGCUACAUACAAACAGGCCACAAUUAACACAGAACUUAAUGAUCGGAGGGAGAAAAGGCAAUGGAACGGUCAUAAGAAUCAGGGGACUGAAAAGGACAUCGGGGAAAGAAAAGACCAUUCAAACAAAAAUAAUGUGUGAGGCUGCUGUCAUUGUGUUCCCUUUCUUGGUUGUG